AUGGCUGGAAAGACGGCUUUAGUACUUGGCGGAACAGGUGCUGUUGGUAAGACACUUGUAAGAGAUUUGUUACAUAACGGCGGGUUUUCUAGAAUUACCACCGUGGGAAGAAGAGAGUUUGAAUAUGAUGGUCCGAAUAAAGACAUACUGACACAAAAAGUAAUCGACUUUGAAAAGAUUGAUGACUUUAAAGAUGUCUUUGUAGGUCAUGAUGUCGUCUUUUGUACUCUAGGCACUACUCGAGCACAGGCAGGCUCAGCUUCACGAUUUGUUGAGAUAGACAAGGGUUACGUCAUUUCAUCGGCGAAAAUAAUCAAGCAACAAAAUCAAGACAGAGAUGUUCAUUAUCUAUACUGCUCAAGCACCGGUGCUAACAAGGAUUCAAUGUUUCUAUAUCCUCGAACAAAGGGAGAGAUAGAACAUGAAUUAGGAGAUGUUGGGUUUAAAAGAGUAACUAUAUUUAGGCCCGGCUUUUUGAAAGCGGAAGAAGAGAGACCCGAUCGGAGACUUUUCGAAAAAUAUUUACUUGGUACCGUAAUUGGACUGAUGAAACUCGUAGGCAGUAAGGGCUAUGUCGAUGUUGCCACUGUCGGAAGAGCAAUGCGUAGAUAUGCCGUCGGCGAAUCGUCAAUUUCCCCUGAUGCGAAAACGUUGGAGAAUGGAACACAAUUUGAGAUAUUUGAUAACAAAAGUAUACACGAGAUGGGAGCUGAGAAAUAA